GGUAAAAUAGGACCACAGCUGCAGCUGGGCAGAGAUUCAUGUUGGAAAAGAACAAGAUGCAGACCAAGAUAUGAGGACGUGACUCUCAGAUUUUAAUGGGGAAAACCCUCUCUGCCCCAGAAAACCUGAUGGUUGGAUGAAAGAAAUGUCUUGAAUUGAGUGGGAAAAACUGCUAUGUGCCCAGGAAGUUCUGAGGAGCAAAUCUUUGUUUGAAUGGUCCUGCCUGCAUCUCUGUUGCAAACCUUUCAGUGGAUGUUUCUGAUUUCCCAGCAGAAAAUAUGACAUCCAUGCCAGAAAUCGAGAUAGAAGAAAUGCUGGAUAGUGUGGAUGAUAAGGCUGAAGGUGAUCCCCCAUUUGAUGAUCAUUUGCGGAAUCUGAAAGCCCUGACAGAGAAACUGAGGCUGGAGACAAGAAGGCCUUCCUAUUUGGAAUGGAAAGCUCAGCUGGAAGGACCAGCCUGGAAGAGCCAUUCCAAACCUUCUGAGAGGGACAUGGGGAGGCAAGAGAAGAAACCAACAGAGGAAAAUAUUUCUUUGAGAGAUGUGCAGGUUUGUAUUAAUGGAAGCUCUUCCAGACAGCCAAUUUUGCUUGCCCCGGAGAAAGUGUGUGGCUUUGGAAACAUCGAUGAAGCAUUAAAUUGGCUCAGAAAAGAGUUGAUGGAAAUGCGUCUCCAGGAUCAGCAGCUGGCUCGGCAGCUCAUGCGCCUGCGCAGUGAUAUCAACAAACUCAAGAUCGAGCAGACCUGCCACCUCCACCGGCGGAUGCUGAAUGAUGCCACCUAUGAGCUGGAAGAGAGGGAUGAGCUCUCUGACCUCCUCUGCGAUUGCCCCCUCACAUCCUCCUUCAGCCUCUCCACCCCACUCAAGCUCAUUGGCGUGACAAAAAUGAACAUCAAUUCCCGCCGCUUCUCGCUUUGUUAAAGUGGGAGGAAUGGGCACUGGAAGUGCACGGGAUGGGAGAUACCUUCAAGACUUAGGAGAAGAAACUCCCAUUGCCCGGUUGGGAGAUAGGCACAACAAGGGAGAAGACAGAGUAAAGGGGCUCUUCCACUGAUCUAAUAGGAAUGGGCUGUGGUGCCAGUCAAGAUAGUGUCCAGAAGGAUUUGCAGAUAAGUGGAGAAUAAGAACAGUGAGGCUCCCAAAGGACAGGAACUAAAUCACAUCAAACUCUAACUCAUAUAGGCAGAAGCAUCCCCUCUUUUCAGUGAUUAAACUUAUCCUAAACUUGGAGACUCCCUAACUAAGAACAAUAGAGGAGAAAUAUAGCUGAAAACAUUAUUGAAGCUUUUUGGCCUCAUUCAAAUUGAAUAAUAUGAGACAUG